CCCUUGCGUUCAGCCUUUGCCAGGGUAUAAAAGCUAGGGUUCUGCGCUGAGAUGGCCAGCACGAUCCAGCCUACCCCACACGGCACAGCAAGCUGUACACGCAGAAUCUCCUGAUCCCUCACCAUGUCUCAGACCGCCAAGUCCGCCUCCAGCCAGGGCACUGAUGUCAAGGACAAGGGAGCCCCUGCCCCUGCUGCCACUAGCAAGGCCACUAAGACCGGAGAACCCAGCGUUGGAAACUUCCGAAUCAUGCUGUUCGACCAGGAGAACUUCCAGGGCCGAAUGAUGGAGGUCCAGAACGAGUGCAUGAACGUGUGUGAACGCGGCAUGGACAGAGUGCGCAGUAUCAUCGUCGAGUGCGGCCCCUUUGUUGCCUUUGAGCAGACUAACUUCCGUGGGGAGAUGUUCAUCCUGGAGAAGGGAGAGUACCCUCGCUGGGAUACCUGGAGCAACUCUUACCGUAGCGACUGCCUCAUGUCCCUCAGGCCCAUCCGCAUGGACAGCCUGGAGCACAAGAUCUGUCUGUUUGAGCUCUCCGACUUCAAGGGCAAUAAGAUGGAGAUCCAGGAGGAUGACGUGCCAACCCUCUGGGCGCACGGCUUCACCGACAGAGUGGGCAGCGUGAGGGUGCCCGGCGGAGUGUGGGUGGGUUACCAGUACCCCGGAUACAGAGGCUACCAGUACCUAUUUGAGUGUGGUGACUACAGACACUACAACGAGUUCUGUGCCUUCCAGCCUCAGAUCCAGUCCAUGCGUCGCGUCAGGGACAUGCAGUUCCACCAGCGUGGUUGCUUCAACCUCACCUCCGCCAGCAAGUGAGCGACCUCUGGUGGAUGCACGCUGUAACUGCAGCCAGCCAGCCAGCCCUCCCUCACUCAACCCGCCCAUCGGGCGCUUUUUAUUUCUCCAAUCCUAUUCCUCCUUUCCUUCCCUUCACCCACCUUCACCCCUCCAUCCUAAAGGGAUGGAACGGCAGCAUCGUACCGAACGGAACAACUUAAAUGACUUUUUAUGAUGCCAAAUAAUAAACAUGUUUUGAAAAACUAGAA